AUGUCCAAACCCUGCAAGGAGAGCCUGAUAUCUGGCUUUACUGCAACGCCUCGCGAUACACAGGUGACCGCACGCCGCCCAGCGCCCUUCCGGCGUUUGCGGCUGCAUGCAUGCUUGGUUUUGGAAGGCCUUUGUCAAGCCAUACCCAGUCGAAGUCCGGGCUUCUUUGAGGUGCCAGUGGAAGACAUCUUCGAGAUGCUGCAGUCCUCGUGCUCAAGAGCAGGCGAUUCGUGA